GCUCCAGCUGGGUUAGGUGCUAUGGUGUAUAUAUAACCUAGGAUUCCUCACUACUUCUAACAAAUCUGUAGGAAGUAACAGACCCCUACCACCCUUCAGUUUCUCUGUUAAACCAACUACGUUGCCCGGACCAUUGACAGGGCUUUGUUCUCGCACAUGACUUCUCCCUUUGAUCCCCAGCUAGGGACAUAUUCCCAUGUCAACGGCCAUCCCGCCGAUAUACUUGACCGCCUUGCCGUGUCAGAGCUGUGCAAAGGCUGGCCAGUUUACCGCGAUGCAUCUGAGUGGAAAAACUUCCGCUCGCUGUUCUGCGGAGAGGCAUUCGUUUGGACGACUUGGAGCAAACGCCAAUCCAUCGACAAUUUCAUCCAAGUAUCGAAGGAGGGCAAGUCCCGCGGUGACUUCAUCAUGCACCGCGAGUGUGGCACAUGCGUGGACCUCAACCCGCAGACCCGCCGCGCCGUUGGUAAGAUGAAGGCUACAAUCACACAACGGUUUGCCAUCCCAGGAGACCUGAAGCGCGGCAUUGAGCCUGUCGUCUUCGAUGUUGACUGCGACUGCCGCUUCCACUUCUUCUGCCUCGAACAGCCGUCCCCGUAUCCGGGCGGCACUCCAGAGUGGAAGGUCCGCUACGUCAAGCUCAUCUACGACAAGGACAAGCUUGUUCCUGUGGACGGCAAGACCGCGCCGACAUUCUCCAAGGACAUGCUGCGGCGAUGUCCGGAGGGCUACCGCUACCUGGGCGCCGCGCAACGCAUGCUGGGGCACGAUGUAGACGAGUUCUUACCAACCAUCCAGGGGGCGGAGAAAGGAGCCGCUCAUCGCUCCUGGCUAGCCAUGUACGAGAAGAUGAGUCAAUGGCUUGACGGUGAUGAAGACAUAGACCUCACAUCUCCUCCUUCGAAUAGUAGCAGUAUCCAUGAGAAUGGGAGACUGCACCUCUGAAGAUAAUGAAGGAUGACCCCUUGGAAUUCCACAUCAUCAACUAGCUGAAUGAUGUCCUAACACUUAUCUGAGCGGUUGAAAUCAUGUUGUGGCGGAAAUGGAAAAUUACGGUGCAUACUGGUUGGAUCUCUGCUUUGGCUUGCGUUGACUAGAUAAAAAGGGGUGAGGGUGGCAUGGACUGAAUUUAGACUAAGUACAUCAUGACAAACAAAAUAGAGGCGCCGGCUAGUUGAAUUUUAUCUCACUUGUUCAUCUUGUGAAGACUACGCA